AUGUCGCCAGUUGCUGCGCCACUCAGCGGGCGAGUGGGUCCGGCGCUCAGAGCCGCCCAGCGCCGCCCGCACGGUCCGGCCCUGCGGGCGUGUGACCGGAGAGAGACGCCGAAGGCCCAGCGAGCGGUGGCGGUGUCUGCUUCGCGCGACAUGAGGGUACCUCCUGGCUGCGUGGCCACCCUGUGUGCGCUGGCCGUCUCGUUUGCGCCCGCGGCGGACGCGAAGGAGCUGCUCACGGAGUUCGCGGCCUCCGGUUUCAUCUUCAAGGACACGGUGGAGGUAGUGAGCCUUCCAGACCCCGAGGUGGCGGGCGUCUCGAUCUACAUCAGCGACUUCAAGCGCAGCAUCGCAGACAAGCUGGCCAAGGACUUCUUCAACGAACCGAGCCAGGCCUCCCUGACGUGCGCCGCGACGGGCCCCGUGUCCUUCGACGCGAAGCGCAUCUCGGCGCCGGACGGCCAGGAGAUCUUCAGCGAGGCCAAAGGGCUGAACCUGUUCCGCAACAAGACGCUGCGCGUGCGCCGCAUCCUCGACAAGGACGCAAACGCCCUGGUGUACGUCGCGUACUCGACGCGGACGACCGCCGCGCAGGACGACGGCGGCCCGAGCUCGGGGCGGUACCGCACGUCGAUUUGCGCGGUGCCGCUCGGAGCGACGGCCAACGCUGCCAACGGGAACGGCGCCGCCGCCGAGUGA